GAUUAUAUAACUAGAAGACCGACUGAAAUUCCAGAACAAGAUGUUUACAUUUGUGAAUUUAAGUUUCUUGAAAAUGAUAAGAAAUUCAUUAAACUUCCCAUAAUUUUAAGGAGAGUUGGAAGUCCGAAAAUUGUUAUCCAAGCCAAUCCUGAUUGUAGUUUUGGUGAUGUUAGUCGAUUAAAAAUGAAUGGAAACAAGUAUUAACUUUAAAUGAACCUUAACCUUCUUAAUUUCAUAUUGUAUUUAAUUUUUUGCGUAGCGUUUUCUUUACUUUCUUUUCAAAUUUCCCUCUCAAUGCAAGCAGCAAGUAACCGGUUACCAACAGCCAACUGGUCUCUAUACACGUGACUGAAAUUGUAUACAAGUGAAAACUCACAUGUGGUUCAAUAAAUUUUGACUAUUUUAUUCUUUGAUUUGUGUCUCCAGUCAAAUUAAAUUAAACAGUUUUAUUUUUUUGUGCUUUUUAAGUUAAAAAUCAUCAAAAUGAGCAAAGGAUUCCAUAAAAAACAAAGCAAACGUAUGCUCGCUAAGCGGCGAUACAAAAUUGAAAAGAAGGUGAGGGAUCAUAAGAAGAAACUCAAGAAACAAGAAAAAUUACACAAACACAAAAAGAAUCCCAAAGACCCUGGAAUACCCAAUAGUUUACCUUUUAAAAAUAAAGUGAUUAAAGAAUUCCGAGGUGCUAUGAAAAGGGAAAAGAGUUCACGUGAUGAAUUACGUGAACAAAUGAAAAAAAUUCGCCAGAAUGGCAAAGAGAAGGAAUUUUUACUUUCACGAGGUAUCUAUGGUAAAGGGGACAGAUUUUUCCUGUUGAAAAAACAAAUUGAAGAUGCUGCUAAAUCCAAUGGACAAUCAAUGGACAUUAUUCCUUCAAAAGUUGACUUGGAAAGUGAUGGUAUUCAGUGUUCAACUAGUGGAUCUUCUGUUUCAAAUUUAAAAAAUUACCACAAAGAAUUUCAGAAGGUUAUUGAAGGAUCUGAUGUAUUGAUUGAAGUUCUAGAUGCUCGUGAUCCUCUUGGUACUCGUUGUCCUGAUGUUGAAAAAGCGUUAGUCUCAAGUGAUAAAAGGUUGAUUCUACUUUUAAACAAGGUUGAUUUAGUUCCAAGAGAAAAUUUAGUUGCAUGGCUUGGAUAUCUGAGAAAAGAGUUUCCAACUUUACCAUUCAAAGCCAGUACUCAAAAACAAAAAAAUCAUUUGGCCAGAGCUAAAAGAAGUGUGCUGCAAACAACUGAAGCACUAUUGUCAUCAUCAAAAGAGUGUGGUGCUAAAGAUCUUGUAAGUUUAUUAAAGAAUUACUGUCGGAGUGAAGGUAUAAAAAAGUCAAUAACUGUUGGUGUUGUUGGAUUACCAAAUGUUGGUAAAAGUUCAGUUAUCAACACUUUAAAAUGUACUAAAGUUUGUAAUGUUGGAGCUGUCCCAGGAAUAACUAAAGUGGCCCAAAAAGUUGUUCUCGACAAGAACAUUGAAUUGUUAGAUUGUCCUGGAAUCGUAUAUGCCAGUGAAAAGCAUUUCAAGGAUGUAAUUGAUAAUAAUAAGACUCUCGCAUCUGUCUUGGCUCUAAGGAAUUGUAUUCCAUUUGAACAACUAGAUGACCCAGUUCAGCCAAUUGAAGCUAUUCUAUCACGGAUAAAGAAAGAAAAUUUAAUGUUAUUAUAUAAAUUGCCCGACUUCACUGAUUCAUCUGAUUUCUUGGCUAAGGUAGCUCGAAGGUUUGGUUACUUAAGGAAAGGUGGAAUUAUCGAUAUUGAAUCUGCGGCUAAAAAAGUCAUCAAUGAUUGGAACAAUGGAACUAUAAAUUAUGUCACUGAGCCCCCAGAAAAAUAUGAAAUGUCAUCCUACGUUAGUGCUGAAAUUGUCACUAAAAUGAGCAAAGGUUUUGAUAUGUGUUCAUUAGAAAAUGAAGAUGAUGAAAUGGAAGAAAUGGACGAAGAAAGUGAUGAUGGUGAUCAAGAUGACGAUGAUGACGAUGAUGACGAUGAUGAAGGUGCUGAUUCUGAUGCCUCACUAGUUACAGAUUCUGACUCUUAAAAUUGUUUGAUGUUUUCAUAUUUUUUGUGUUAUACAUUGUAUUGACUUAAAUAAAAUGAAAAUCCUUCAAUUUUUUAGGAUUUCUCGCAA